AUGUACCAUGACCUCAAGAGGUACUAUCAUUGGGUCGGGAUGAAGAGGGAUGUAGCAGACUGGGUUGCGAAGUGCAACACUUGUGCCUUGGUGAAGGCAGAGCAUCAGGUUCCGGGUGGUCUUUUGCAGAGUUUACCCAUUCCAGAGUGGAAGUGGGAUAGGAUUACGAUGGAUUUCGUGGUUGGACUACCUGUUUCGAGGACUUUCGAUGCUAUCUGGGUGAUUGUGGAUCGGUUGACUAAGUCGCACAUUUCUUGGCCAUCAAGAAGACAGAUGGAGCUGCUGUCUUGGCUAGGAAGUUUGUCAGAGAUUGUGAGGCUGCAUGAGUCCCAGAUUCACUUCAGAGUUUUGGAGGGCGUUUCAGGCAGAGAUGGGCACUAA